AUGUCCCCCACCCCACCCAAACGUCCCGCGCCUGACGCACCGGACGACGAACCCGCAAGUAAACGACCAGCCGUCUCUUCGCCUGAGGAAGGCGAGCUCGACGACGGCACGCCACCUCCGCCCCCAGUCGCGCGUUCGCCGACACCGACACCGGCUCCCAAAGCAACCGACAAUAAACUGCCUGGGGUCAAGUUCCCGUUCAAGACUAAGGCUGGAGGCGCCGGGUCCGCCAACGGCAGCGCAAAUGCGAACGGUUUCGGAGCCCGGGAGGUGGAGGCGAAGCUGGCGGAUGCCGGUUCGGGCGAGCGGGACAACGAGCGGGUGAUUUACGAGCGCUCGGAGGAGGAAGUGAGGAAGUGGGCCGACAAUCCCAGGCGGGAUAGCAGAGACAACAGGGAUCACAACCGGCGGGGAGACCGCAACGCUGGGCGCUACCCGCCUCCGCGUCCCUACGACUCGUAUCAUCCAUCCCGCUACGACGACCGGCCGCACUGGAACGGUUACCCCGAAGACCGGCAUCGCCGCGACCGCGGUGCGACACGUCCACCCAGGGACGCUGCCGACGACCUCGCGCGCACGCCCUCGACGCGACACCUGUCGCCCACGCCCACGCCCGACCGCGACCCGCACCGCCAGCCCUCCCACCGCUCACCGACCGUCUCGUCGGACCAGCUCUCCCCGCGCCGCUCCGGGUCGUUCUAUCGCCCGUCCGCCAACCCAUACGCUCCUGAUCGGCACGACUCGCGCCACCAGUACCAUCGUGAAGAGGACGACUACUACUGGCGCCAGGCCGCCCGCCACCGCCCGCCGUCGCCUCAGUCAUAUAACGACCGACGCUACGACGGCCGUCGCGAUCGAGGGUACGACCCUCGACGACCCCGCGACCGCGAUCGCGAAGGAUCCUACGGUAGCCGCGGCGUUCGCUAUGACUCGUACAGGCCCGAGUCUCCACCCACCGCCCGUCCUGCCACCCCCGGUCUCGUCGAUGCGCCCCCCGCGCCUCUGCACCCUCUCCCGCCAAGCCUGCCGCCUCACGUGGCGCGAUCGCCGCCCCCGCUACGUACGCUGUCGCCGCUUCCACCUCCCACUCAAGCCCAGGGCGCAGGGUCGCAGCCCAAGCCGCCGUCGCCCGACCGGCGGCAGGUCAAGAGCGAGGUGCAACAAAAGUUGGAAUCCCGGCCACCGCCGCGGAAGCGUCGCCCGCCCGUGCGCAGGACGCGCGAGGAGGAGAAGGAGGCGUACGGACGUGUGUUCGUCGGCUGCGGGCAACAGGACGAUUAUGUGCCGUUGACCAAGCUCGGCGAGGGUACCUUUGGUGAGGUCCACAAGGCGCGCCAGAACGCGACCAACAGGCUCGUCGCGCUUAAGCGGAUCCUGAUGCAUAACGAGAAGGAGGGCAUGCCGGUCACCGCGUUGCGCGAGAUCAAGAUUUUGAAGGCGCUCGAUCAUCCAAGUAUCAUCAAGAUCCUGGACUUAUUCGUUGUCAAGAGUUCGGAUAAGGAUCCUCUCUCGGUGUACAUGGUCUUCCCGUACAUGGACCACGAUCUUGCCGGUUUACUCGAGAACGACCGUGUCAAGCUCUCGCCCAGUCAGAUCAAGCUUUACAUGAAACAGCUGCUCGAGGGAACCGAGUAUAUGCAUCGGAAUCACAUCCUCCACCGCGAUAUGAAGGCUGCAAACUUGCUAAUCGACAACGAGGGCAACCUCCGCAUCGCCGACUUCGGUCUUGCGCGCGCAUUCGAUCCGCAGGUCGCACUGCAGAAUCCAGCAGUUGUUGCGAGGAAUGGCCGACCGCCAAAGAAGUAUACCAACUGCGUCGUUACGCGCUGGUAUCGCCCACCCGAGCUGCUUCUUGGCGCGCGACACUAUGGCGGCGAGAUCGACCUGUGGGGCAUCGGCUGCGUCCUCGGCGAAAUGUUCAAUCGCCAGCCCAUCCUCGCAGGCACGUCCGAUAUCGACCAGCUCGACAGGAUCUGGAAAUUGUGUGGAACGCCCAAUCAACACACGUGGCCCAACUACGACCAGCUGCCUGGGUGCGAGGGCGUCAAGCAGUUCCAGCACUAUCCACGUCGGGUCAAGCUCGUCUAUGAGGACAUCGUGGGGCCCGAGACCGCCGACCUCCUCGACAAGCUGCUCACGUGUAACCCCCGGGAGCGCAUCACGGCGAGCCAGGCGCUCGACCACGACUACUUCUGGUCCGACCCACUCCCUGCUGACCCGAAAACCCUCCCGAAGUACGAGGCCUCGCAUGAGUACGACAAGCGCGGGCGGCGCCACGGCCCGCCCGCGGGCCCGCCGAUGCCCGCCGAACCCCACGUUCCCCGCGCGCUCCCCCCUCCAACGACAGGCGGCGGAAUGCGAUACGGAGGACACCCGCCCCCGCCCCCGCCGCGCGACGUCUUCCGCCACGCCGGUUCGUUCCAAGGGCCGCCACCGAUGCCAUUCCCGCCGCCGCCCCAGCACUUCGGCAACGGCCCUCCUGGCCUCUACCCUCCUCCUGGUCCCCCGGGAUACGCCCCCUACCCUCCCGGCCCGCACUCGUAUGGCGGGGGCCCACCCCCACCGCAACACCAUAGAGGCGGUCGGGGCGGCUACGGCGGGCGCGGCCCCCCAAGGCCGCCGUCGAAUGCCUCGUUGCCAGCACGCCCCCCGCAGCCUCUGGGCCCGGACGGGCGUCCACCACCGUAUACGUCUCGGGACCGCGGAGGUGCUCCUCCGUCCGGGCGCCCACCUCCACCGGAGGGUGGCCCUUCCUCGCUGAACUAUGACUAA